CCAAGCAGGACGUUGGCAGCUACGCUCCCCUGCAUCUGUGAGGUGAGGCUCCAAGGGCUCGUUGGGAAAGCUGUACAAAGGGAAUUGUACACGCACCAGUCAAGUCUACCUGGACGCGCACCCAUCCACGGAACGUUAGUAGAGACAGCCGAGUGUAUCACCAUGAAGAGGCCUUGUGAGGAUAGUACUUCUGACAGCGACAUGGAUGAAACUAUUGAUGUCGGCAGUGAGAAUAAUUAUUCUGGGCACAGCAAUGGAUCAUUUAUUAGAUGUGGCUCCCCAACAACAACAACCCAAGUUAUGGCAAGAAAAAAACGAAGAGGGAUCAUUGAGAAGCGAAGGAGGGAUCGAAUCAAUAAUAGUUUAUCAGAGUUACGUCGACUUGUCCCAACUGCAUUUGAAAAACAAGGUUCAGCCAAAUUAGAGAAGGCAGAAAUAUUGCAGAUGACAGUGGAUCACCUAAAGAUGCUGCAGGCCACUGGCGGUAAAGGGUAUUUUGAUGCCCACUCCCUGGCCAUGGACUUCAUGAGUGUGGGCUUCAGGGAGUGUCUGACAGAGGUGGCCAGAUACCUGAGCUCUGUGGAGGGAUUAGACAGUAGCGACCCCCUGCGUGUGCGCCUGGUCUCCCACCUCAGCACCUGCGCCUCCCAGAGGGAGGCGGCUGCCAUGACCUCAUCUAUGGCACACCACCAGCAGGCGCUCCACCCUCACCACUGGGCCGCCGCCUUCCACCCCUUCCCCACCACCUUCCUCCAGCAGAAUGGACUGCCCUCCUCAGACAGUGCUGCCAGCAGACUGUCUGUGGAGGUGCCCCAGCGUGGCUCGGCCCUCCUAACGGCAACCUUCUCCCAUACCGAUUCCUCUCACAGGGCGCCCUCUAAUGGCAGCGUGGCGCCCUGCGUCCCCCCGCUCUCCACCUCCCUCCUGUCGCUCUCGGCUACUGUUCACGCUGCGGCCGCUGCUGCCGCGGCCCAGACUUUCCCCCUGUCAUUCCCUGGAGGAUUCCCCAUCUUCACACCUCACAGUGUGAGCAGCACAUCGUCUAUGGUAGCUUCAGCUGUGAGCCCCUCCAUAUCCACCACAUCCACCUCACAGCAGAGCAGAGACAGAGAGAGCAGCAGCAGCAAACCAUAUAGACCUUGGGGAACAGAAGUAGGAGCCUUUUAAGUAUUUGACUUUUCAAAGGUCUCAUGGUGACUAGAGGACUUCCAAACAUUGAAGAUAAAGGAACAAUACUGUUUUAUUAACUAUAGCUUGGAUUUUUUGGUGUUCAUGGACUUUUAUUCCACCAGCUUAUUUAAUUUCUGAUUGUGUGCAGAUUCAUAGCAAAUGCAAGUUAUCUUAUGGGAGCGGGAGCGACGAUAAUGAAAUUCACUUAAAAUGUACUAAUGAUUUAUUUUUAUUGAAUAACAACACUCAAAUUGGA